GUCGGCAACCAGUACUUUGCCUGGGAUAGCCUCAAGGGCCAAUGCACCUCGGGGACCUUCUCCCCUCGUGGGCUUUGGACCUGCGUGCCCUGCCCGGAGGGUUGGCUGUCCAGCGCCGGGGACGGCAUCUGCUCGUACAUGUCCUGGCGCCUCUUCUGCACACGCGUGGCGAUCCCCAUGGCUCUCUUCCUGGCGCUUCUGGUGGCGGUCAUCGGCCAAGGCUACGCUCCUGUGCCACCUGCUUCGGCAGAGGCGCCGGUCAGUCACCCCAUGGCCUUUGAGCUGGAG